GAUGGGGCGAAAAAACGAUUUGACAGCUUGUUAGGAGGCUAACCAUCCACCGGAGAGACAGCUUCCUGCAUACAGUUUUGUUAUUUGGGUUGGCCUUUUCUUGCCUUUCGGCCGAUUAAAGUUCCACCAUGACAUCCAUAGACGAAAGCAACAAAGAAAAGUUGCGUUCUGUGUCUGUGGACUUAAACAAUGAUGCCUCUCUUCUCAUUGACAUUCCUGAUGCACUCUGUGAAAGGGACAAAGUAAAGUUUACGGUUCAUACAAAGACCACACUUAGCUCUUUCCAGAAGCCAGAGUUCUCCGUUCCCAGGCAACAUGAAGACUUCAUCUGGCUACAUGACACUCUGGUGGAGACAGAGGACUACGCUGGCCUAAUAAUUCCACCAGCGCCCCCAAAGCCUGACUUUGAGGGCCCAAGAGAGAAGAUGCACAAACUGGGGGAGGGUGAAGCCACUAUGACUAAGGAGGAGUACACUAAAAUGAAGCAGGAGCUGGAGGCUGAAUACCUGGCUGUGUUCAAGAAAACUGUUCAAGUGCACGAAGUUUUCCUGCAGAGACUGUCUUCUCACCCCAUUUUAAGCAAAGACAGAAACUUCCAGAUUUUCUUAGAGUAUGACCAGGAUCUUAGUGUGAGGAGAAAGAACGCCAAGGAAAUGUUUGGAGGAUUCUUUAAAAACAUGGUUAAGUCAGCGGAUGAGGUCCUUAUCUCAGGAAUAAAGGAAGUUGAUGACUUUUUUGAGCAGGAGAAGACGUUCCUGCUCGAUUACUACAGCAAGAUAAAAGACUCCACUGCCAAAGCAGAGAAAAUGACCCGUUCCCACAAAAAUAUUGCGGAUGACUACAUUCACAUCUCUGCCACUCUGAACAGUCUGUCUGCUGAGGAUAGUACAGGAAAUAAGAAGAACCUGGAGAAGUUGUCGGAUCUGUUUGAAAAGCUCAGAAAAGUAGAGGGAAGAGUAGCGUCUGACCAGGAGCUGAAACUCACAGAGCUGCUAAGAUACUACAUGAGAGACAUCCAGGCUGCAAAGGACCUUCUGUACAGGCGAGCCCGUGCGUUAGCUGACUAUGAGAACUCUAACAAAGCCUUGGAUAAGGCUCGACUGAAGAGCAAGGACAUUCCCCAGGCAGAGGAACAUCAGCAGCACUGCCUGCAGAAAUUUGACAAGCUCUCAGAAUCUGGGAAGAAAGAACUCACCAGCUUCAAGGGCAGACGUGUCGUGGCCUUCAGGAAGAAUCUCAUAGAGAUGGCUGAGCUUGAGAUCAAACAUGCCAAGAACAGUGUGACUCUAUUGCAGGGAUGCAUUGAGCUGCUCAAGACCAACUGACGUGUUUCAAGUAUUUCUGCCCUACCAUCACCAAGUGACCAGUCAUAGCAAAUGGAAACCUGGUGUCCCCGGGGCCUUGCAUGGACAUGACUCCAAGCCCUCUCUCUGCUCUCACCUGGGUCUGAUGCCACUUUAAACCCCUGCGCAAGACUAACUAUCUUGUAAGCACAAUGUCUUCAUGUUUACAGAGUCCCUGUCCUCUUGUCUGUGGUCCAUGUUUUUCCAUUAUUUACGGAAGUCUAGCCCAAUGGGAAUGGCUCCAGAGAAAGAGGCUGCCAACAUUACAGUCUUCCAUAUUUUUGCAGCACCAAUAUAUGUGAUUUUUCUUGAUUAUGAAUAUAGUACACUUCUUGCCUUUCUGAUCACAUUUCUGCCUCCAUUCUGACUCUUAACCUUCUCCUACAUAUACGCUUUUACAUAACUUUUUGAAAGGCUCAGAGAAUGUUUUUUUCAUAUUUCAAUUAUCCCAACCAUUUUUUCAGAUUUAUGUGCUUAUUCUGUUUAGACUUUGCUGUUUGAAACAAAACGAGUGCCUGGAAAAACAUCCUUGUGCUCUGCAUUCCUGUGCUCUGAGAUUAGUGUACAUCUAGUAAAGAAACUCAUGACUGACCAAGAAGACCAGAGAUCUUCAAGUGAUCAAAAAUGGCUGCAUUUCACCUCAGGAAUAGGACAUUGGAUUUGUCUCCACAUUCUUGUUUGUAACAAGUGGCCUCAGAUUCCACUUUUUCAAAAAUACACAUUAGCUUUGUAAAUAUGGAUGAAUCAUAGAAGAUUUGAGCAAGAGAUUGUUGGGGGGAAUCAUCCAGAGUAGGCUAUUUGAACAUACUAGUAUAGCAAUAUUCACUGCUACACACUGUUCUCUCUGUUCUGCAGCUUUUUCACCCCAGACAACUCUUCCCAUUCACUCUUUCCUUUUCAAUGUGUAAUUACCGUUGUUUCUUAAUUUUGCCAUUUGUUACUGAGUUUUAUAAAUCAGACGUGAUAUAUCUACCAGAUCCUCUAAACAGAUUAUUUCAAACAAAUAUUUAAAAAAAAAAAAAAAAAAAAGAUGCACUAAGAAGACGAAAAAUACUUUACAAUCAUGACCAGGCUCAGUGGAGUGUUAUAAUGCAUUAUAGUUUUUUAAGAAAUUGAAUGUAUUUCUAAUGGAUGCGAAAUCCUUUACAUGAUGCUUUUUCUUACAGAAUGUUAGCAUUUUAUAAAUUUGUGAUAAUGGCAUUGAAUAAAUCCUACUUUCCCAA